AUGUCUUUCGGAUUUGCCGUCGGUGAUUUCAUCAAAGUAGGAGAGCUUGCAUGGCGGUUGUACCGCGAUUGUUACAAAGUUGCCCGAGAUGCGCCUCAGGAGUUCCAGCUACUUGUAGCGGAAAUUUCGACGAUGUCGAAUUCAUUGACUAUUCUUCAAGAGGAAGUGAAGGAUCCGGAGUCGAGCUUGGUUCAGUCUGGGCCCGAUAGGGUUGAUAUCGUCAACAACAUGGUAGGAAACAUACAUAAUACCCUAAAAGCCCUGGAAAAGUACGCCCAGAAGUACGAUAUAAGUGGUUCGGGUUCGACUUCAAAGAUGCGCCAAAGGAUCAAAAGAUUCCAGUGGGCUUUGCACAGGAAGAGUAUAGAAGAAUUGCGGAGUAAGAUGCACCAGCACAAUGGAUAUUUAACACUGCUUCUGACACAGGCUGGAAACUCUUCACUACAACGCAUACAGGACUCCACAAACACGCUAGAGGGUGACGUACAGCAAAUAAGAAUUUUGAUAUCAAGCCAACAGAAGCGUGACGACGUGCUAUCUCCUUCCUUGUCCCUAGUAGAAGACAGCUUAGUCAGGUCUUCUCUGAGCGCCCGACUCCUCAAGAAUGCCGAGGUUUCGCAGCCGUGGAGCUCUAUCGGGGUAAGUCAGUGGAUAGACACAGGUCGGUGGUGGCUGCAAGGUUCGAGGCUUGAGCUAUACCCGGUCACACAAGGCGGACAGGUCCCGAUUUCUGCCUAUGCUAAUCUCAUCAAAGCAUCUUGGAUUGUUGUGGAUAUCAUUGCGUGCCAUCCACAAACCUCGUUCCUUUCGGGUAAUACUCGUGCUGAAAUAGCUGGACUAUGCGCAUCAGUGAAGAAUGACUUUGAAAGGAUUCAAUCUUUGGGAUUGCAGGUACCGGAUCUGGAAGAGGUCGGGGAUCAAGACCUGAUCAUUUGGGAAAAUCAGAUAAGAGCACCCAAUUUCCGGCCUCAACAAGCCGGACUUGGAAAUGCUCCAAGUCUGGGUAAUAUCUGGGUAGUGGAAGGUGACGAACGGGCUUUCUUCUUACAAAGAGCUAUUUGCGAGCUUCAAGCCAGGUCAUAUCCGACAAUGUGCGACGUCGUUUUUCUUGUACAGCACGAUGGAUCUGGGGCUAGACUGGUCGCAACGCCACAGAAUGAAUCGGCAUUCAUGGAUAUCCAUUUCAAGAAUCCUGUACGAUUUCAAAAGCAUACGGACUGCGUUACUAUCAACAGCGAGAAAAUAAUGCUUAAAAAAGAGGAAGACAGUCGAUAUUUGGCAUGCCUAGUCGAUGCCGCAAAUUUCUAUUUCUUCAGUCGUCAAAGAACAAGCGACAGUGUGGCUACUUUUCAAGCCUACGCCGUUCUCUUUGCAGUCAAAAAUCGGCAUGCUGAUCUUGUCGAACUUUCAAAGCCUAAACUAACUAGUGCAACGAUAACAGAUAGUUCUGAAAGUAGCAGUAGGGCUAUUGUGGUUAGUCAUAUAAUCGCCGAUAAAUAUCUUGCUGGAGAUAUAGAAGGCGUACCAUGGGAUGAACAUGUACACGCAGACGACAAGAUCAAACUUUUAUCAUGGGCAGUGCAUAUUGGCUGUGACGAUCUUGUCAGAUUCCUCUGCGCCGAAGGUGUAAAGCAUGAAAUAGAUAGCUCGAAUGAGCUGUCGCCAAUGAUGAUCGUUUCCUAUUGUGGAUACGAGUCUACGGCCAAGAUAUUGCUUGCUCAGUAUGCUACAUCCUCCAAAGAGAUUGUCGACCAGAACGGCAAACACCGAAAUAAUUCCAUCCACUACGCGAGUUAUCGAGGUCAUGACAAAAUCGUUCGUUUGUUGUUGCGAUAUGGGGCCAACAUCAACCAUACGAAUGAUUUUCGGCAAACACCGCUGCACCAGACCGCAUUUCACAACCAACCGAAGGUCGCCCAGUUGCUGUUGGACAAAGGUGCAAACCGGAACGGCAAAGACAGUGAACAGUAUAAUCCAGUGCUUGCAGCAUGCGACCGCGGUUCGAACCACGUCCUACCAGUUUUCGCUGAAGAGGAUCUCGACUUUAUACAGAAGGGAGAACGCGAUGUCAACGCUCUGGUCGUCGCUCUUUCCCACAACAUGAGGGACAGAAAACCGGUGACUAAGGAGGUCUGGAAUCUUGUUUUCCGCAAACAUUUUGAGCAGAGUGAGCUACGACCUCCACCUGAGUGGCACAACCUGUAUGAUCUCGAGCAUGGUGGUACAUGGCGUCGUGAUCUCGUACAUUUCGAAUUCGAUACAGAUUGGGCCGAGAUUUAUUUAGAAUCAAUACUCGCUUGGUUCGAGUAUCCCGAUGGUCUUCCCGAAUUUGUCAGUGAUCUCCAUCAGCGCAUGGUGUCAAUUGGUAAACCUGGAUCUCAUAAAUUCUUCAAAAUCAAGUUCAGCUUCCACGUCGUGCAUACAGGGGACCAUGUCUGGUUUUCUACCGGGCAAGGUGCAGCCGGGACAUCUGGCGGAAGCUCUACCACAUUGCGUGUAGAAAAUGGGAGUCAGUAUAACAAUUGGGAUAGAGGCUAUUGGCGCAGUUACAGUGGUCCACAACGCGUCAUGACGAAUCCAGACCUCAAGGCUUCGCGCGUUGAAGUUCCUCCCGAGCGUAUCCCCCAAUUCAUCAAAGAGACCAUUGAUAGUGAACUCUUGCCGAAGUGA